UCGUCUGUUCUUUUUCCCACGAUUUUAUAUCCAGACAAAUGGGAGCACAGAAAUGAGCGGACUGAGUUGAUGUCACAUGGGAUUGUUCUAAACAAAAAGCGAGAAUACAGAAUCAUAAUACAAGGGAUUGCAUGGGCGACCCAGUGCACAAAAUGGCCGUGGGAACAUUUGAAGUGGUCGCUUUUUUUCCAAGCAAAAAUGAGGCAGGCGCCAUUUCAAAAAAAGCCAUGUUUUGCUCACUUUGUUCGUUUUCGCCCCUGGGCUUACGUUGCCUGUUGGUAAGCGGUAUUUAUACUUUGGAGCUGGUCUCUUGCUUCUCUUCUGCAUUUACUUGUUUCCUCAUCAUUUUCAUUAUAGCUUGGCUUUUGUUACUAUUUUUAUUUUUAUUUUUAUUUUCUGUUUAUUUUUCUUAAAACACUAACUACAUUAAAGCCAAUGUUUUCCCGCGCCCUUUCAUCUCUCGCACGAUCCAACGCAGCUGCCUCUGCCUCUGCCACGGCCGCUGCUCGUACAAACCUGUUAGCUAGCAUUUUACCUAUUAAUCCAACCCUUAGAGAAAUGC